UGUGGGCACACAUGCUGUUAACACAGUACAGUUGGGGAAUAGAUCUGGUUGGAGUAAAGCUGAGAGCCUAUAAUAGCUACGCAAUGGAGUGUCAGGCGGUUGGAAGCUCCGUUCACCAGGAGACAACAGAGGGCAAUGGUUGUCCUACACAGAGGACAAUCGACACCACAGACGAAGACCUCUGCAGUAUGCGGAGGAGUGACAACUACUGGCCAGUUCCUAGUGAGGAGAAGAAGCUGGAAAUGGACAACACCAAUGACAACUCCAUAGCAAUGAAAACUCUUAAUCCUGAUGACAGAUCACCAUUGUGCCCCAAGUUAGGCCCAUACUUUGAUGAUGGACAACGGCGAGUCGACUAUGUGCUUACUUACCAUAUAGACAAACCCAGCAAUAUUCAUCGAAAAUCACCAAAAUUCGGAGACGACAACUUAAUUCGCCGGCUUCGACGUAGUUUGAGCUUGAGAGGCAGCCGUGCACCUUUACAGCCAAAAGAAGACUCAGAGAUUGCUGCCCAUGAAGAUGACAAGCGAUGUAAGCGGGAGGAGUUUGAAAGAAACCUGCUAGAGACUGGUUUGGAAUUGGAAAACGCUAAUGAGUGUAAGAUCCCCGGAAUUGGCUUUUUGAAGAUCCAUGCCCCAUGGACUGUUCUGUGUCGGGAAGCCGAGUUCAUGAAGCUCAAGAUGCCAACAAACAAGGUUUUUGAAGUAAAACAAGGAAGUAAUAUUGUUGAAAAGAUCCAGAUGUUCAUUCAUAAAGUCACAUCUCCUUUGCACCCGAAAGUGAAUACCCAGAAGCAACAGACUGAGAAAUCACUCAGCCACCCUUUUUCCAGAGAGAAAGCGCACCUAUUUGAUUUAUCCGACCGAGAUCAUUUCUUCGAUAGCAAGACGCGGAGCUCAAUUGUAUAUGAAUUGCUCAAAAGGACAAAAUGCACAAGGGCCAUGUACUCAUUGGGUAUCACGAGUCUGCUUGCCGAAGGUGUUUAUACAUCUGCUUAUCCUCCUCAUGAUGGAGAGAUAGAGGGAGUCAGUGCUGUACCUAACGACAGAAAGACACUGUAUGAAGAAUGGGCCAGCUACAGUGUAUUCUACAAGUACCAGCCCAUUGGCUUAAUUAGAAAGUAUUUUGGGGAGAAGGUUGGAUUGUACUUUGCCUGGCUGGGAGUCUACACGCAGAUGUUAAUCCCAGCUGCUAUUGUUGGAGUAAUUGUAUUCCUCUAUGGCUGUGCCACUGUUGAUGACAACGUACCAAGCAUGGAAAUUUGUGAUCCAAGGCUCAACAUCACUAUGUGCCCACUUUGUGAUAGCGCUUGUGGAUACUGGAAACUUGUGUCAGCAUGUGGUACUGCCCGAGCCAGCCACCUUUUCGACAACCCAGCAACUGUAUUUUUCUCCAUCUUCAUGGCCUUGUGGGCGGUUCUAUUUAUGGAGCAUUGGAAGCGACGUCAGAUGCGACUUAACUAUGUCUGGGACCUGACAGGCUUUGGAGAGGAAGAGGAGGAGGAACACAAGGACAACAACCGAGCUGAGUAUGAGUUGCGUGUCAUGCAAAAGGCAAUGAAACAAGAAAAUUCAGCCUCAAAGGGGGAGAAAGUGAAACUGACAUGUACAGACAGACUGCCAGCUUAUGUGAAUACUGUUGCUAUCAUGGCUUUAAUGAUCACAGUGACGUUUGUCAUAGUCUUUGGGGUUGUACUCUACCGAAUUACCAUCAAGACAGCCUUAGAAAUCAACACCUCCGCUGGAGCAGGGUAUAAUGUUCGAGCUAUCGUCAAAACCACAGCUGCCAUAAUCAACCUCAUCGUCAUCAUCAUCUUGGAUGAAAUCUAUGGAGCUGUUGCACGCUGGCUCACUAAACUUGAGGUUCCAAAAACAGACAAAAGCUUUGAAGAGCGGCUUAUCAUCAAGACUUUCAUUUUGAAAUUUGUCAACGCUUUCACCCCUAUUGUCUAUUUGGCUUUUUUUAGGGGGAGGCUAGUUGGGCGGCCAGGAAAGUACCUGUACAUUGCAGGAUCAUACAGAAUGGAAGAGUGUGCCCACGCAGGCUGCCUUAUGGAGUUAUGCAUCCAGUUAUGUAUUACCAUGCUGGGCAAGCAACUCAUCCAAAACAAUCUAUUUGAGAUUGGCAUACCCAAGCUGAAAAAAAUGUUGCGUAAGAAAAAGUCUGAGCUGGACAAAAAGCAACAAGAGGAGCUGGCCAGAACCUUGCAACAACAUGAGAAAGACCAUUUCCUUGGUCCUUUUGUUGGUCUCAACCCUGAGUACAUGGAAAUGAUCAUCCAAUUUGGGAUGGUGACUCUUUUUGUGGCCUCAUUUCCCCUGGCUCCACUUUUCGCUCUUCUGAAUAAUAUCAUUGAGAUACGCCUGGAUGCCAAAAAGUUUGUGACGGAGCUGCGACGACCAAUUGCAGUCAGAGCAAAAAACAUUGGUAUUUGGUACAAACUGUUACGGGGUCUCAGCAAGGUGGCAGUCAUCGUCAAUGCUUUAGUCAUCUCCUUCACAUCUGAUUUCAUCCCACGGCUUGUGUACCAAUACAUGUACAGUCCUGAUGGCACCAUGCACGGCUUUGUCAAUCACUCUCUUUCUUACUUUAAUGUGAGUGACUUUCAGCCAGGCACUGGCCCUACUCAAACAAUGAUCCAAGGUCAGAUAGUAGAAAUAUGCAGGUACAAAGACUACAGAGAGCCUCCCUCCUCCAGCACACCAUAUGAUUUCUCCAAGGAGUUCUGGGCCAUUCUAGCUGCUCGCCUUGCUUUUGUCGUUGUCUUUCAGAAUGUGGUGAUGCUCAUGAGUGACUUUGUGGAUUGGUUGAUCCCUGACAUACCAAAGGACAUCAGCCUCCAGAUCCACAAAGAGAAAGUCCUCAUGAUAGAGCUCUUUAUGAAAGAAGAGCACGGAAGGAGGCUUGCUCUACGGGACACUGACAACCAUAACAGUUGUACCCCUUCUUCCUCGAACCAGAGCCCACAACAACCACACUCUCGGCCUGUGUCAACCACAAACUGUUAUUAAACUACUGUAAGUGUCUAAUAAGCACAAAUUAUUCUUACAAAAUACAGGGUGGACCUUAACUUUUCAUACACAAGAAAUUAAUGAUAUUUUUGAAGGGUGUCUGUAACAUAAAUCACUACAUGUUAAAUUUGGACAUUUAUGGCACAAUCUACACUAUAAAACCCAGUGUAAUUCAGUGAAUAAUCUGCAAAUCUGCUUUCAUUCUCAAGAGCUAUGAAACAUGACGCAAUUCAAUGAAGGCAGCUCUGCAAUUUUGCAUUAUGGAGUUUUAGGAUUAUCAUCAGAGGUGGGUUGAGUAGGCAAACAUUUUACUGUAUUUUCUGCACUAUAAAGCGCACCUAAAACCCUUCAAUUUUCUCAAAAGCCAACAGUGCACUUUAUAAUCCGAUAAUAGUAAUACACUGCUGGCCAAAAGUAUUGGCACCCCCGCAGUUCUAUCAGGUAAUGCUAAUUUUUUAUCAGAAAAUGAUUUCAAUUACAAAUGCUUUGGUAGUAAUAUCAUCAUAAAUUUAGCUUGCAAUGGAAAAAGAGAAUGGGAAAAAAAUCAAAUCAUUAUAAUUUUACGCAGAAGUCCAAAAAUGGGCCGGACUAAAGCAUUGGCACCCUUUGAAAAAUCAUGUGAUGUUUCUCGAAUUAUAAUUUUACGCAGAAGUCCAAAAAUGGGCCGGACUAAAGCAUUGGCACCCUUUGAAAAAUCAUGUGAUGUUUCUCGAAUUUGUGAAAUUAUCAGCACCUGUUACUUACCUGUGGCACAUAACAGGUGGUGGCAAUAACUAAAUCACAAUUGCAGCCAGUUAAAAUGGAUUUAAGUUGACUCAAACCCUGUCCCGUGUCCGUAUUUGUACAUUGAGCAUGGAGAAAAGAAAUAAGACCAAAGAAAUGUCUGCGGACUUGAGAAGCAAAAUUGUGAGGAAGCACAGGUAAUCUCAAGGCUACAAGUACAUCUCCAAAGACCUGAAUGUUCCUGUGUCUACCGCGCGCAGUGUCAUCAACAAGUGUAAAGCCCACAGCACUGUGGUAACCUCCCUAGAUGUGGACGGAAAAGAAAAAUUGAUGAGAGAUUUCAACGAAAGAUUGUGCGGAUGGUGGAUAAAGAUCCUCGAAUAACAUCCAAACAAGUUCAAACUGUCCCGCAGUCCCAGGGUACAACAGUGUCAACUCGUACUUUAUGUCGGCGUCUGAAUGAAAAGGGACUCAAUGGUAAGAUACCCAGGAAGACCCCACUUCUGACCCAGAGACAGAGUUUACCAAAACUUACCUGAGAAAGCCAAAAACAUUUUGGAAUAAUGUUCUCUUGUCAAAUGAGACAAAAGUAGAGCUUUUUGGGAAAAGGCAUCAACAUAGAAUUUUCAGGGGGGAAAAAAAUGAGGCCUUCAAAGAAAAGAACACGGUCCCCACAGUCAAACAUGGUGGAGGUUCCCUGAUGUUUUGCGGUUGCUUUGUUGCAUCUGGCACUGGACUACUUGACCGUGUGCAUGGCAUUAUGAAGUCUGAAGACUACCAACAAAGGUCAUGGGUCUUCCAGCAGGACAAUGACCCAAAACACACUUCAAAAAGCACUAGAAAACGGUUUGAGAGAAAGCACUGGAGACUUCAAAAAGUGUCCAGCAAUGAGUCCAGACCUGAAUCCCAUAGAACACCUGUGAAGAGAUCUGAAAAUGGCACCCUUCAAAUCUCAGAGACCUGGAGCAAUUGGCCAAAGAAGAAUGGUCGAAAAUUCCAGCAGGGCAUUUUAAGAAACUCAUUGAUUCAUACCGGAAGCGGUUGUUUGUGGUUAUUUUGUCUAAAGGUUGUGCUACCAAGUAUUAGGCUGAGGGUGCCAAUACCUUUGUCCGGCCCAUUUUUCAGUUUUGUGUAAAAUGAUAAUGAAUUUUUUUUUUUCAUUUCUUUUGUGUAUUUUCAUUGCAAGCAAAAUAAAUGAAGAUAUUACUAUCCAGCAUUUGUCAUUGCAAUCAUUUUCUGGGAGAUAUUGAGCAUUAUCUGACAGAAUUGCAGGGGUGCCAGUACUUUUGGCCAGCAGUGAAUAUAUUGGUUAAUCUUGGCAUGACAUUUAUUUAGCGCAGCUACAUCUAGUAGCUCCAUAACGCAACCCCAACCACUAGUACUACUACUGUGCCCUAUAAUGCGGUGUGCCCUAUAUAUCUGAAAACAACUGUAAAAAAGGUCAUUCAUUGAAGGUGCACCUUAUAGUGCGGAAUAUACGGUACUCAAGUAAGAGUAGCUUUAUUUCAAAAUAACAUUACUCAGGUCCAAGUAAUAAAAGCCAUCAGUGAAAAGAAUACUCAAGUAAUGCAGCACAUCGUCAUCUACAGCAGGGGUAUUCAACUCAUUUUGGUACGCGGGCCACGUUUAUGACAAUUUGAUCUCCGGACUAGUUUAUUUUUAGCCAAAUAAGUUAACUCACUGGCGGCCAUUGACGGUUCUCAACGUUGGCCUUUUAGCGCCUUCAAUGGAAUUAAAAGAUAAGCUUUCACAGCCAGGCCUUCAAUCAAUUCUUCAAGCUUAGGCAGGGGUGAAAGUGGGCCGGAGCAAUCCGGAACGCCGUUCCAGUAUAAGAUUCGGGGCAAAAACCUUGUUUCUUUGUACGGUGCCUUGAUCCCAAAUAUAUGACAGCAACUGUCAAAAAAAACACAAAAAAAACUGCAAGGCUGCCACUCACGCAUCUAUUCUCUAAAAAGAAAACAAUCUACCAAAAUCAGAUUUACUUACAGAAGUGUUAACAACAUGCAUAAUAAAGUGCUUGUGUCGCAUAAUCCAUUUCCACCGAUAUUUAUUAUUCAUUUAUUCCACUGACUGCCAGACUGCCUGACUUUCCCCAGCUGCUGCACUUAUCUGAAUCUGAUGAGUCAGGUCAAUGUGCGUAUGCACGCAGCAAAGCUAACCGCCCUGGACUCAGUUGUCCUUUCAAUUGCGUACCGCAGCAAGCAACACGUCACUUUUGCUCAUUAAUAUUCAUUACGUUAGCAAUUGUUGCUAGGCAGGUCAACCUCCCGUUUGUCCGUAAUAGAAAUGGAAUAGCAAUAGCAUGCAAUAGAUAUAGCAUGGAAAUAGUGUACGAGCAAGAUGUUUAAUGAGCUAAACCAUAGACUUCAUAACCUAUUGACAUGACACUGGAAACGGGGCCGAUUCGUAGGGGGCCUAUUUUCAAAAACUUCAAAUUCAAAUAUUUUCAAAACCAAAGCUUCUACCAAUCUAAAACCAAAACAGGCACCUACCUUAGCCAUAUAUGAGUGUCCAUGAGCAGCAGCAUCAAAAAAUUAAAAGUCGUUCCCUGAUAAAAUCCCGACCAAUUAUUUUUUAUAUAAGUAUAACACAACUUAAAAUGGCUAUAAAAGUCUCAGAUUUUACACUAGAUGCACAAAAAUCACCAAACGCAGAGAUAAUCACCUAUAUUUGCAGGAUCAAUAGCAAUAUUUAACAUAUAAGUUUUUGACCAAAAUAGCAACUUUUUUUUUUUUACUGCAUGUUUUCAACAGCUAAUAAAUCACUCAGUUUAACAUCAGAAACUUAAUACUUGAGUAAAACAUGCAGAAUCAAUAAUAAAUCAUAUGUAAAUAUAUUAUUAAUAAAUUAUAUAUACAAUCACAAAUUAUUAUAGAAUAGAAUAGCCCUUUAUAAUCUUUAAACACUAUAUACUGUUAGCGUUAGCUGUUUACUGAGGCUAGCGGCCGCCUGGCGUAAACAGAGAUUGUCCGGCGAAAAUUCUUGUGAAUAAAUGCUUAAGUCCCCAAAUUCUUCAUAGAUAUGGACGUAAAACAGUCUCGAUUCUUGGUUAAAAGCAAAGAAACCGUGCAGUUAGCGUUUAUUUUACGUAUAUUGUUGAAGUACAAUGCUACUCUGUUAGAGAAUGAGGCUAGUGGCGGCCUGGCGUAAACAGAGCUUUUCUGGCGAAAAUUCUUGUGAAUAAAUGCUUAAAUCCCUGAAUUCUUUAUAGAUAUGGAUGUAAAACAGUCUUGAUUCUUGUGUAAAAGCAAAGAAAGCGUGCAGUCAGCGUUUAUUUUACGUAUGUUGUCGAAGUACAAUGCUACUCUUUUAGCGAAUGAGGCUAGCGGCCGCCUGGCGUAAACAGAGCUUUUAUGGUGAAAAUUCUUGUAAAUAAAUGCUUAAAUCCCCGAAUUCUUCAUAGAUAUGGACGUAAAACAGUCUCGAAUCUUGGUUAAAAGCAAAGAAACCGAGCAGUUAGCGUUUAUUUUACGUAUAUUGUCAAAGUAAAAUGCUACUCUGUUCGAGAAUGAGGCUAGUGGCCGCCUGGCGCAAACAGAGCUUUUUUGGCGAAAAUUCUUGUGAAUAAAUGCUUAAAUCCCCAAAUUCUUCAUAGAUAUGGAUGUAACAGUCUCGUAAAAAGAAAAAAACAACAUGCAAAUAGCAUUUAUUUCGCGUAAAUAUUGCCAACUAUGUGGCUAGUCAGUUACGAAAAUUAGCCGCCUCCAUGUGUAAACAAAGAAGAAAAUUUCUGCGAAUAAAUGCUUCAAUCAUGCAUGCAUGGAACGAAAAAUAUAAUAUUUACCUUGAAUCCUCAAACAAAUCACCCCUGAGACAAUCCUUCCUGUUUGUAUGUGGUACAACUUUCGUAGUUCUUCCAAAAAUCCAAGCUUAAAUCUGGCUCGGAAAGAGUGUGUUCCGUCUUCGGGCGACUAUACUAAAUGAAGCUCGGCCCCCUCUGAUAAGGCGUGACGCAAAGAAUGACGAAGUGUCACAUCAAUAGGUAAUGAAGUCUAUGGCUAAACCCACCAAUUCUGUCCGAAAAUGAUGUCCCUGGUGCCAAAUUCACUGGUAUAUUAUAACCUCUGGUUGUCUUACAUCUCUGACCAUUCUUGGGGGCAUUUUACAUUGCUAUUUUUGUGUAGCGAUCGCAAAUGCUACUCAGUGGCAGCCAACGAACACUUAACUUAAACUUGUCUUUUGGAUGUCCGCGCAAGUUGAUCCAUUCUUUUCCUCCGAGUUUUUGGUUUCGGGAAACAUAUAAGGAAAACAUCCUUCAUAUGUCGGAAUGUCUAGAGUCGUUUUUACAUGUU